AUGUUCCUGUUUGCUUCUGUUCUUGCAGAGGCUCACAUCACAGAGAAGUUCAAAGACAGUGUGAGGAGGAACCGACUAACCCUGCUCCUCCACACCUGGCUCAGUAAGCUUGCUCGUAAGUGGAACCGUUGGUUACGGCGUAAAUGCAGAGUGUAUGUGAAGUCCAACCUGUUCUACCGGUGGGUGAUCAUGCUGGUCUUCCUUAACACAAUGGCCAUCGCAACGGAGCACCACAAACAGUCCCAGAGGCUCACCAACUGGCAAGACAAUUCCAAUAAAGUACUGCUGUCCAUGUUUGCGCUGGAGAUGUUCAUGAAGAUGUACGCUCUGGGUUUGCCCUCUUACUUCAUGUCUCUCUUCAACCGCUUUGACUGCUUUGUGGUGUCCACUGGCAUCCUGGAGCUGAUCCUGGUCCACAUGGGCGUCAUGUCAGUGAUGGGCAUCUCUGUGCUGCGCUGCAUACGCCUGCUCCGCCUGCUCAAAGUCUCCCGAUACUGGACGUCUCUCAGUAAUCUGGUGGCUUCCCUCUUGAACUCGGUCCGUUCCAUCGCCUGCUUGCUGCUGCUCCUCUUCCUUUUCAUCGUCAUCUUCUCCCUGCUGGGUAUGCAGGUGUUUGGAGGGAAGUUUAACUUUCCCAACCAAGCCAAGCCCCGCAGCACUUUUGACAGCUUCCCUCAAGCCCUCAUUACUGUGUUCCAGAUCCUGACAGGAGAGGACUGGAAUGCUGUAAUGUACGAUGGCAUUAACGCUCAUGGAGGACCCACCAUGCCUGGCAUCUUAGUCAGCAUCUACUUCAUCAUCCUCUUUGUCUGUGGAAAUUUCAUUCUUCUAAAUGUCUUCCUGGCCAUUGCUGUUGAUAAUUUGGCGGAGGCUGAGUCUCUGACUCUGGCACAGAAAGAGAAGGCGGAGGAAAAAGAACGUAAGAAAGCACUAAGACGAGUCAAGCCCUCGGUCAAGACAGUGAAAGUCUGGCCUGAGGGAGCAGAGUCCUAUUAA